CCCGUCUCUGGCAGUAGUCGCCUGGAUGUGGAGGCGGACGGGGCAACAACACGAUGGCUUUUGGUGGUGUCUUUCCUCUCUAUAGCAAACGAAAUGGAUCUUGGGCGCUAAGAAGACUAUUCAGAUCCCGUGAGAAAGUGUUAAUAUUCCUAGUGGGCUUGACUUUCCUCUUUAUCUGUAUAGGACCCAUAUUUUUCCUCCCCGAGCUGAGAGGAGGACUCAGCACCCGAGUGGACCAUGUCUACAAAGUGUACAAACAGAUGCAGAAGGCAGGACCCGAGCUGAUCCUGCCCCCGCCACCCCCACAGUCCGAGGAAGGGGGCGGCGGUGCCAUAAGGAAGCACGAAGGAGUUUAUAACAACGUGGUGGAUCACAAUGAUGUCCACCUGGCAGACGAUAAGCAGCGGCUCCUGGAGAAAAUUAAUAACGACGAGGAGAUGAGGCAGCUGAGGGUCAUCGAGAAGCCUGUGGUGUUGACCCUCAGUUCGACCCCCACCGUGAGGGCAGUGGCGGCCCAAGUGGACGAGGGCAUCAGGGUGGAGCAAGCAGGUCAGCAGGACAAGCUUGGCAGGCCGGAGGACAAGGGUCACCUGACAGUGGUCCAGGGAGGGGAAGACCCUGACCCUGUGGCCCGGCAGCGCAGGGAUAAGGUCAAGGAGAUGGUGUUACAUGCCUGGAGAGGGUACAAGACUUAUGCCUGGGGCAAGAAUGAACUGCGUCCAGUAAGCAAACGUGGCCACACUGCCGGCAUAUUUGGCCGCCAGGACAUGGGUGCCACCAUUGUGGAUGCCCUGGACACUCUUUACAUCAUGGGCCUCAUGGAUGAGUUCAAUGAGGGCCGUGCUUGGGUGCAGUACCAUUUGGAUUUUAAUCAGCUGAGAUCUGAGAUGUCUGUGUUUGAGACCAACAUAAGAUUUGUAGGUGGCCUGCUGUCAGCGUUUUCCUUGACGGGCGACCCACUGUUCAGGGACCGGGCACUCCACAUCGCUCGCAAGUUGCUGCCUGCCUUUGACACCCCAACUGGGAUACCAUAUGCUCUCAUCAAUGUUGCCAAUGGGAUUGCUAAGAAUUAUGCUUGGGCAAGUGGAGGAUCCAGUAUAUUGUCUGAGUUUGGAACUUUACACCUGGAGUUUGUUUACCUGUCUGACAUAUCUGGGGACCCAGUGUUCAAAGAAAAGGUGAUGAGGAUUCGGGAUGUCAUCAAGAAGGCAGAGCGACCAGAUGGCCUCUACCCCAACUACAUGAAUCCCAAGACUGGCAAAUGGGGUCAACGUCACACCUCAAUCGGUGCCCUGGGGGACAGCUUCUAUGAAUACCUCAUAAAGGCUUACAUUCAGUCUGGAGGGAAGGAUGCAGAAGCCCGGGAAAUGUAUGAAGAAGCCAUUGGUGUCAUCACCAAUCGUCUUGUCAUGAAGUCUCACUCCGGCCUCACUUACCUGGCAGAGAGCAAAUUUAAUCGACUAGAACACAAGAUGGAUCAUUUGGCUUGUUUUUCAGGUGGUAUGUAUGCCCUUGGUGCCAAAAAAUUAGAAAACCAGAUAUCAGUGACUCACAUGGAGAUCGCUGAGGGCCUUGCCCAUACCUGUCACGAGUCUUAUGCCCGCACACCCACUGGCUUAGGUCCAGAGAGCUUCAGAUUUACAGAGGGUAUUGAAGCUCGGGCACUCAAGUCAUCUGAAAAGUAUUACAUCCUGAGACCAGAGGCCAUUGAGAGUUGGUUCUACAUGUGGAGGUUCACAAAGGAUCCCAAGUACCGGGAGUGGGCUUGGAGCGCUGUGCUGGCCCUGGAGAAGCACUGCCGUGCAGAAGCUGGUUUCAGUGGUAUCCAGAAUGUGUACAUGGAAACGCCACAGAAAGAUGAUGUUCAGCAAAGCUUUAUAUUUGCUGAAACUUUUAAGUACCUGUAUUUGAUAUUCUCGGAUGACUCCCUCCUGAGUCUAGAUGAAUGGGUCUUCAACACAGAGGCACAUCCUCUUCCAGUGUUAGGAAACAACCCUUUCUACCGCAAAGCUCAAGAUAGUGAGAGCCAGUGGUGAACAGCAACGCGUCAUAAAGAAGAAUCAUAAAUAUGUUGUGUCCAGCAAGAUUGAAGAGUAAUGUAGAUAUAAUACUAUGAAAGAUAAAUAUUUAUAUUGAGAAGUUCUUAAUUAUAGUUUAUGGACAUCUAAGUCAUUUGUUAACUUAAAUGAUCAUAGAGAUUGUUUAUUUUAAAUAAUAACUUUACAAACACUGGCUGAAUAAAUCUGAGAUGUUGUUGAUGCAUGUGUGUGAGGUUGUGAAGGAAACAGUGUUGAGGUGUGACGUGUCUCUUUGGUCUUUGAGAGUUUAUCACCUGUUCAUCUCUACAAGUGAAGAAUUCUUGUUAUCUAUCCCUCAUUGUUGACCAGGCUCUGCAUCAUCAGUCAUCCUGAACCUCAUGCUUGUAACAUACCUUGAGCAAUUUUUGUGACCUCAUGCCACAUUAAUCAGAGUGACUGGCCAUGCAAAGCAUAGGCUAAACAAAGAAUUAUAAUCUUGCUAUUGUAAUUCAGUAUUUUAGCAUUCUGUGAUUUGUAGGUUACAUCUUAAUUUAUUUAUACAAUUUCAAAAUAUAUUUUCCUGGCUGGUAGAUGGGAGAAGUCUGUAGAUUGUAUAGAAUCAUCACUGAGUAGGUGCUGAAACUCCUCCUCCUUGUCCCAAAUGGUGCAGAGACAAUAGCUGUGUGUGUGUGUAAGUGUGUGAGUGUGUGCCACAGGAAGUCUGUCACAUAGUAUAGUGUCUGAUUAUUCUCGUCAUGUGACUGAACGUCACUGUUGUGUUGAAACCACUUCAUUGAUUAUGACUGUCUGUGUACAAAAUGAAAAUCUAGUUGAUGUUUCUUCAAAACCUAGCAAUAAUGGGUGCAGCUUGUGAUUGGAGCAUAUUGAUCACAUUUAGAAUAUAGUAGUAACAGUA